CUAUUGUGUGUGCUCGGGUAAAAGUUUUGUCGUAGAUUGAACCCUAAAUUUUAAACCCUAACCUAUCUAAAUAAGUUGAGAUUUUGCAAGUUGAGAGGGGAAGAAGAAGGCUUCAGGCUCAUGGGCAUCAUUUAUUGACGCCACCGUCGGACCGUCCCAUCCAUUUAAAGCAAAUUGGGAGCCAAUCUCGGGAAGUGGGAAAAAGCGUUCAACGCAUCGCCCCUUAUCACGCCAUUUGUGCCACGGUCGAGAUCGAAACUGCCCUGCAGGGCAAGUGGCGACCUGCUUCAGCACCACCGCGCUCUCCCCCCACGUCCCCAGUUGGAUGGACGAUCCGCGGGACGAUGAGAUCCUGCUGGUGGCGGAGCGCGAGGCGGAGAUGGUGCCAGAAUCGCCCCACCACACCGACGAUCCGAUCGACAAGAGGGUCGCCUUCUUCCUCGGCCACAACCCCGGCGAAAAGGUCAGCGCUCCCCCAUUCGCUCCUUCCGUGUGUAAAAAUGUCUCCUUGGAUCAUCUCCGCGAGUCCAAGGUGCUGUUCCGGGGCUGGGGCAGCCCCUUGCGCAAGUGGGGCGACUGGGUCGAUAAGCUCCGUCCCCGUUACGGCGAUCUGUGGGAGAGAGCCGGCAUCCUGAAUGCCGUUGUGGUCUCUACUUACAAGAUCAAGCGAGACUACGCGGCGAUUUUGGGGGUGGCCGCCUAUUGGUGCGGGGAGACCAGCACAUUCGUGUUCCCCUGGGGGGAGGCCACUGUGACCUUGGAAGACAUGAUGGUUCUCGGCGGGCUCCCCGUGCUCGGAGAGCCCGUCAGGGGAUCCUUGUCCGGGGAGCUCGCGGAGAUAGAGCAGAGGAUGAUAAGGGAGCACCGGACGUUCAAUCGAAGCACCAGCAAGAAAGCCGAUCAAAGCGCGUGGAUGAGGCAUUUCAUCGAAGGGGACGGCGGUGACCUGGAGCACGUCGCGUUCUUGGCGCUGUGGCUGUCCCGGUUCGUGUUUCCUGGUCCUCCGAUCAAAACCGUGAAGCAGCACAUGCUUCCCAUUGCUGUUCGUUUGGCACGGGGAAUAAGGAUUGCCCUAGGCCCUUCUGUUCUAGCUAGCUUCUACCGGGACUUGAGGCUUGCCAAUGAGUACCUUGUCUUUCAAACCAGCCAAAAGGCCGACCCUUUGGUUUUGUGGGCGCCUUUAGAUUACCUCCAGGUCUGGUUGUGGGAGCAUUUCUUGGCUUUGAGGCCAGAUAAGCAGAACCUGAUCGAUAAUGGCGAACCUAGGAUAGCAAGGUGGCAUGAUGUGGGUAAGAAAUCAGAUUUCUCUCUUGUUGUUCAAGUUUUGGAGUCAUCGAAUUUUCUCUGGCGCCCAUAUACCAUUAGCCUGGAGAAUUGGACCAGGCCGUCUUUCUACAGAGAUGAUGGUGUGUGGGUUCGAGGUGAAGAAGCAAAGAACGAAGAGGUUCGAACAUUUGCACAGUGUUUAAAGGUUGCUGAGCUUGUUGGGGUAGACUGUGUCGAGCAGUAUCUGCCUCAUCGCGUGGCGAUGCAGUUUGGAUUGGAUCAGGAUUUACCUUGCCACUUUCCUCGUUAUAAUUCGACAUGGGAAAUUGCUUGGGGGACUUACGAUAUCACUUCCAGAAAUGUUGCUUUUUAUAUCCCUGCACAAUUUUGCAAGUCUAGCAUCACACUACAGUACUCAAUUUGGUGGAAACAAUGCAUUCCUUCAGGAAGUAAGUUAGUCGAAACCGACAUUCAACUGCAACCAUGCAUGGAGGAUAUGAAGGAUAGUCAAAUAGUAGUUGUUCCAGAAAAGAAGAUGAAGAAACUCCAAACUUUUCCAAGUACAAAGAAGAGAAAAUUGCAAGAGUUCUACGAUGCCAUGCUUUCUGAUUGUCUUGCUUAUGGGAAUAAUUCAGUUUCUGGUGAGAAUGAUAGUGUAGAAUCAGAGAACCUUCAAUCGAGUGCUACUGAAUCUGAAAACUUUCAUUUGUCUAUGACAAAAGAAAAGGAGCAUGUGUGCCUCAACCCUUCAAGCGAUUGUGUUGACAAAAUUAGACAUAAUUCUGAGAUUUCUCAAUCUGUAAAAUCUGGAACAUCUGAAGCUACUGUAGUCGAUGCACCGAUCAAUGAGGACAAGCCAAUGAUGGGAGAUUUUAAUCAAAGAAAUAGUUUUGGGUCAGUUUUCGAAUACCUAGUCCCAUUGCAACCUGGAAUGAAUUCUGUUUCGGACGAAGCAAAGAUGAAACUGGAACAAGAACUAGAAAAGCGUAUCAUGAUGAAAGCUGAAGAAUCUGCUCUUGAAAUGCAGAUUAAACUGCUCAAGGAAGAAAUUGCUGUGAUAGAGGCCAGAGCAAUGGAAUUAGAACCAGUAGCUGAGGUGCACUUGUAACCAAUUUCAUGCUCUAUUCGCAACUUUUUUGUCCAUACUUCACUUGGAAUCCUUUUUGUAUAUACCAAUAUUGUCAUCAGAAUAUUUUCAUCGUGAAUACUUGUUAGUUCUUUUCAUCAUGAACGUUAUAGUUCUCCUACCACCAAA